AAAACCAGGUUUUCUUGCUCUCUCACAUUGAGAAAACUCCAGUUUCUCUGUCUCUCUGUUUUCAUUUCUACACCUGAGAGCAUUCGAGCCAAGGGCGAGGUCACAUUCUGCGCUUGCGCUCUCCUCCCCCUCAGUCUGCUGACUCCUCGGAGCUCAGGGAAAAACAUCUCAGUUAGUGACUAUUUCCAGGCUUCCAGCUCGCACCUCAUUCUCCUGCAAAAGGAAAACUCUGGUUUUCGUGCUCCUCUUCUCUCAAGCGUCAAGAUGGUGCACGGUGGUAUGAAGUGCGUCAAGUACCUCCUGUUUGGCUUUAAUUUCCUCUUCUGGCUUGCAGGAACUGCAGUCCUGGCGAUUGGAUUAUGGUUACGUUUUGACCCACAAACAAAAGACAUAUUUGAAAUUGAAGACAAUCCUUCAUCUUUCUAUAUAGGUGUCUAUAUCUUGAUUGGAGCUGGUGCACUAAUGAUGGUGGUUGGAUUCCUAGGAUGCUGUGGUGCAAUUCAGGAAUCCACUUGCAUGCUUGGAUUAUUCUUCUUGUUUCUCCUUGUCAUAUUCGCAGUUGAAAUAGCAGCUGGAAUUUGGGGCUUUCUGAAUAAGGACAAGGUCACCGAAGAUGUGACGCAUUUCUACCAGUCGUUGUAUACGGAGUAUGUGACCAAUCGUGACCAGAGUAAGGAAGCAGCUUUAAUAGCAAUACAGAAAAGUUUGGAUUGCUGUGGAAUAGGUGGUACAGUUGAGGUACUUAUUCGACCUACCUGCCCAAGUACCUCCCUUGGAGGAGAGUUUCAGAGACAGUCAUGCAUAACUGCAAUUAAAAACGUAUUCGACAGAAAGGUUUACAUCAUUGGAGCAAUUGGGAUUGGCAUUGGAAUUGUAAUGAUUUUUGGUAUGAUCUUCAGCAUGGUGCUGUGCUGUGCCAUUCGCAACAGCAAAGAGAUGAUUUAAAGAAAGUUGAAACAAUAACACCAUUCAGCAAUGGAAUGCAUUUUUGCCUAAUACUUGCUUCUUGUUAACAGCUUAACUUCAGCGUUUAAUUAUUUUUCCUUUUUUGUAUUCAGUUUAAAAUCUAACUUUUUUUAAAAAAAGACUCACUAUCUGUUUAAUGUACCCACAAUGUUUUGGUUUUGUUUAAUGAGUUAAGUAUCAGUGUAUACAUUGAAAUGAAGUUUUCUGUAAGCUUAUCAUAAAUUUAAAGCUAUAUAUUUGUCUUAUCUGUUUAAUUUGGAAAUGUUUGUUCUUGAAUGGUUGCAAACCUUUGGAUUCAGAAUAUAAGAUGUUGAACUAGUUAAACUAAAUAGGUAUUACAAAUAUUAGAUGUUUUUCCAAAUUGUGAUGGAUCAAAUGAGCAUAUGCUGUUGUGGAAUCUUCACCUUAUCAAUAAAUCCUUGAAGGUAUUUUGAUUAUUUUAAAGUCACAAACUGUGUAGAUACCAGAUUUGCCUUUUUCCUUUGAGAAAAUAAAGUUUAAACUUGAACCUCCAGAGAA